AAAUUCAAGGAUGCAACAUGGAAUGGAUAUUGUUUAUACUAUUGCCUAAUAUUGCUAAUGCCUUGUUUCUACUAUCCCGAGUACAGAGUGUCGCAGUGCAGGGAAUACUGCUGUGUGAAGGCAGACCGUUAUCGGAUCAUCAAAUAAUUCUCAUCGAUCACGAUAAACUAGACCCCGAUGAUAUAAUGGCAACGAAUGUGACAGACCAAAGCGGACACUUUUAUGUGCAUGGUAACGAGACUGAAUGGAGUACAAUCGAUCCUGUACUUGUCGUUCGUCAUAAGUGCAACGACGGUGGAAUCCCAUGCGACCGUGAAUGGCGACUGGGAAUUCCAGUGAAAUAUAUAAGUAAUGAAGGAGAUGUACAGGAUAUCAUGGACAUUGGUAUUUUGAAUGCUGAAGUGGUGUUCUAUGGCGAAAAGCGUGAGUGCCUAUUCUAACUUGCUCUGAUAAUAUUCGAACAAUAAUAACAUACCGAUAAUUUAUGAAUUAUUCUAUUCGUUAAAAGGAGAAUAAUUGCUGCUAUGUCAAAAUCAUAUUAACUGUAAAAUCUAAGUUGCUAAAUCCUUUGGUCCAUUACUGUAGUGGAA